CACCGCAAAAAGGCGGUCGCAGAAAUCCACGCGCUUGAAAGCUAUCCAGAUUCCAUCCGUAUCUCAUUCAUAUCUCUGUCUCUCUCUCGCUCCCUCGGUGGAGCCCGAUUUCGAUCGCAGAUUCAUAAGGGCUUGAUCUUUAGGGUUUUGUAUAUCGGGAGGAUCCGUCGGCCGAAGAGGAGUACCAGAUCUGAAUUCGCUCAACUCCUGGAUCCCGGAGCUUUUGGAACCUUCUUCGUAAACUAUUGUUUCUUCCGUAAAUUCCAGUCUCUUGUUCUCGGGGGGAGCAGGACUGCAGUUGCGCUUUUCCUUUAUCGAAAACUCUGAGCCAGACCUGGCUCUGGAGGAUCAAGCCUAAUCCGGAUUUGGUGGAUCUAAUAUCUGCCGACCUAGUCUGAAUUCUGCGAACAGCAUAUUGGCUCUCGUGUCUAAACGAUGGGGCUGUAGACUUGCAGAAUAGGAUACAGGGAUAAGUUCGGCGUCUCUAACCUCGGGUUUCUUCACGUUGCUAAGCUCCCUUUUGCAACUGGACUUGGUUUAGCAGCUGCGUGCAGCCAAUGACUAUCUAACCAAAAUCCCUAGAGGGAGAGAAAAUUGAGGCAAGGAUGAUGAGGGGCCGGCCAGAUGGCUCUCAAAGGAAGAGCCUGGUCACUUCCUUGUGUGUCAUGGCGGUUUUUCUCUGUUUUCUUUUCAUAUACUAUGGUUCGUCCUUUCGUUCUGGACCCGCUUUGGAGUAUGGAAGAUCACUAAGGAAGUUAGGGUCAUCUUACUUCGGUGGGGAUGAAGAUGCUGAUUCGGGCGAUAGAGUGAGGACGGAAGCUGAGUCCAGGCCUGGGACGGACGACGGUGGUAUUGAUUUUGUUCCCAAAAGCUUUCCUGUCUGUGAUGAUCGACAUUCGGAGCUGAUUCCGUGCCUAGACAGAAAUCUCAUAUACCAGUUGAGGUUGAAGCUAGACUUGAACUUGAUGGAACACUACGAAAGACACUGUCCUCCGGCUGAAAGGCGUUACAAUUGUCUGAUACCACCGCCACAUGGUUACCAGAUUCCAAUCAGGUGGCCAAGAAGCAGAGAUGAAGUAUGGAAAGCCAACAUUCCUCAUACUCACCUUGCUCAUGAGAAGUCUGAUCAGAACUGGAUGGUCGUGAAGGGCGAGAAGAUUGUUUUUCCAGGUGGUGGUACUCACUUUCAUUAUGGAGCUGAUAAGUACAUUUCUGCACUUGCAAAUAUGCUGAACUUUAGUGACGACAUUCUAAAUAAUAAUGGGAACCUUCGGACGGUUCUUGAUGUUGGCUGUGGAGUUGCAAGCUUUGGAGCGUACCUUUUAUCAUCUGAUAUAAUUGCAAUGUCAUUGGCACCAAACGACGUGCACCAGAACCAGAUUCAGUUUGCAUUAGAAAGGGGCAUACCUGCAUAUCUUGGUGUAUUGGGAACUAAGAGGCUUCCUUACCCAAGCAGAUCAUUUGAAUUAGCACACUGUUCUCGAUGUAGAAUUGAUUGGCUUCAGAGGGAUGGGAUACUUCUGUUGGAGUUAGACAGGCUACUGAGGCCAGGUGGCUAUUUUGCUUAUUCAUCUCCGGAAGCAUAUGCCCAAGACGAAGAGGAUCUCCGUAUUUGGAAAGAAAUGAGUGCUCUUGUUGAACGCAUGUGUUGGAAAAUUGCUGCCAAAAGAGAUCAGACUGUGAUAUGGCAGAAACCUCUUACAAAUGACUGUUACAUGAAAAGAGCACCUGGUACUCGGCCUCUUUUAUGCAAAUCUGACGAUGACCCAGAUGCAGUGUGGGGUGUGCGUAUGGAAGCUUGCAUUACACCAUACUCUGAACAUGACCAUAAUGCUAUGGGAAGUGCACUGGCUCCUUGGCCAGCUCGAUUGGCUUCUCCUCCUCCUCGGCUUGCUGACCUUGGCAUGACUCCUACCACAUUUGAGAAGGACACGGAACUUUGGCGACAUAGGGUGGAGCAUUAUUGGAACCUAUUGAAGCCGAAGAUUCAAGAGGAUACUUUAAGAAACUUGAUGGACAUGAAGGCCCACUUGGGUUCUUUUGCAGCAUCUCUCAGAGGGAAACCUGUCUGGGUGAUGAAUGUUGUACCUGAAGAUGCACCAAGCACUCUGAGGAUAAUAUACGAUCGAGGCUUGAUUGGAACAACACAUGACUGGUGUGAAGCGUUUUCUACUUACCCCCGAACGUACGACCUUUUGCAUGCUUGGACCGUGUUCUCCGACAUAGAGAAGAAAGGAUGUAGCGUGGAAGAUCUGCUCGUUGAAAUGGAUCGUAUCCUCCGUCCAAGUGGUUUUAUCAUAGUACGUGAUAAGAGGUCCAUCAUCGAUGCCAUUAAGAAAUACCUAGCAGCAGUGCGUUGGGAAGCAGUGGCCGAUUCCCAAACAGAAGCAGAAUCAGAUGAGGAUGAAGUCAUCUUCAUGAUCCAGAAGAAAGUAUGGCAAACUGAAGAGGCUUUCAGAGAUUCAGUUUAAAGAGUCAUCUGGUUUUCUCCCUCUCUCCCCUUCUCGCUCCUAUUCAUUAUUGCGAAUGUGGAAAUGCUCAUAAAUUUUCCUUGAUGUUUUAUUGGUUUAUUAGUACAGGUACCGUGUAUGGAAAGGAGGUAAUUGGUCAAUUUGGUCUAAUUUAGAUGUCCUUUUUUGAAUUUUUCUGUUCUUCUGUCGUAACAAUUUAUAUUCUUCCGCAUCAGAAAAACAUUUUAUAUUCUUUUAAGGAAUGCCAGAUUCAUUUUUGUGCGCA